CAGAACUAAAAAUGGCUGAACAGGAUGCGAAAGCGCCUCCAGCGAGCGCUUCAGACACCACAUACAAGGCGCCGAAGCCACAGAAGCCCCCAAAUCCAAUUUGGCGGAUGAUGGGGCUCCCCAACUUCCGCCUCAGACUUCCCUCGCGGAAUUGGAUGAUAUUUCUCACAGUCACGGGUUCAUGGACCGCCGCAGUCAUGUACGACCGCCGGGAGAAGAAACGCAUACAACGGAAGUGGACGAAAGUAGUCGAGCACAUCGCGCAGGAACCACUGGAUACACAACAACUGGCCCGGAAGCUCACGAUAUACAUCUCGGCGCCACCCGCAGAUGGACUAUUACCGGCCCGCGAUCAUUUUCAUGAAUACGUCAAGCCGAUACUAGUUGCCGCUGCCCUGGACUGGGACGCAAUCGAGGGACGGAGAGAGGGCGAUAUUAGGGCAGGGUUGGCAGAGCGGAUAAGGAGGCUACGGAAGAAAAAAGGAGAGCCCACGUCGGAUCCCAUAGAAGAAGAUAUGCAGGAGAUACUGGAAGAGACGAGGAAGAGGUCUGGUGUUAAAGAUUGGGAGGGAACAGCUGGCGAUAUUGUUAUUGGGAGACAUGCUUGGAAAGAAUAUGUCCGAGGACUGCAUGAAGGCUGGCUAGGGCCAUUGGAUCUGCCGCAACCGGAGAAAAUACCAGAAGUCCCUAUAGAAUCUCCUCCUAUCACACAGGACGCACCAAUUCCACCCGAUCAGCCUUCUCCACCUGUAUCUAGCGACGAUGCAUCCCCAGCGGCAGCGCAAGAAGGAACGGGACCGGAACCGGAACCAGAAAUGCCCAAAAAGGAAGGAGAGGAUAAGCCCAAAAAGAAGAAGCAACCGCCCCCCUUCAAUAGCGUAGUCGACUACAACAACUCUCUCCUCUCGCGAAAUUGUCCUUCAGAACUUCCACCUUCCGCUGUGAUCCCCUUCCCCCAUCUCCUAGGCUUCUUUAACUUCCCGAUACGGAUGUAUCGUUUCUUAAAUCGACGACAAGUGGCUGAUGAUAUAGGUCGACAGACCGCAGCCGCUGUCCUCGCAGUAUAUCGACCUUACGAUUCACCCGGAGAAUCGCAUUCUAGCAUUUCUAGUACCAGAGUCGACGAUGAGCACGAUGCAUCUGCGUGGGAACAGCUGCUGCUGCUACAGUAUGAAGAAAAAGAAUGGCACAAGUCUGUGCGGGAACGAAAAGAUGAUGACGGCAAGGAAAGAGUAUGGUUGGACGAGAUGGUUCUUGAUCCGCGAAUUGCGGAACGAAUGCGGAAAUUUGAACUGGAUAUGGACGGAGAAGAGAGGGCGGAAAGAGCGGCGGCUAUGAAGGAGGACCCCUGGUGGAAGUCUCUCUGGCCUCGAAAAGAAGAAAAGAAGAACCAUUGGGAAGAGUUGGACUGAGCAUGGAUUUGUUUCGCAGAGGUUCACAGUGAAUGUAAAACUAUGUGUAAAAUAGGGAUAUCGAACAUCAACGACCGAAUAUGUAUAACAUGUACUGUACCAUGCUUUACA